UUUGCAUCCUAUUAUUUUGCUGAAGGCGAUCCGAUGUUACCCGUGCGUUUGGGAAGAAAUGAAACUUGUGAUAUGGAUAUCGAUGAAGAUGCCGACAGACUGGGAAUUUUUAAACCUAAGGGAAAGCCGUUGCGUGGUAGCGGCAGGAGAUAUCUUGAAGACGAUGAGAUCAUCGCUGCUCGGACCUAUGUUCUUCUGAAUUGUUCCGAAAUCGAAGAUUAUCGAAGGGUUUUUGUGGCCGGAUUGCGCGAAAGGAACAGUGACAUAAGUGAAACAGAAAUUGAAAGAGUGCUUGAAAGUGAUUUCGCCUCUUGGUUCGAACAAUAUGUACGUAUCUUAUAACAAUGGACUUCCAUUUUAAUAAUAAGGUUUAUAAAUCUUACAAAUUUCUAA